CAUUGUUGUUCUGCACCAGCACAGCACCUCAACGAACGAUGCGCGAUGCCUUCUGCUUCUUCGUCCUCGUCUUCCUCCCUCUACAUCAUUGGCGACUCCUCGCGUCUCCGUGACGACCCCAUCAUCGAGGUCGGUGACAUGGACGAGGACGGCAGCAGCGGCGGCGCGCUCUCGGGGUUAGUGGCAGAGCGCUUCGCAUCGUCCUUCGAAACCCAAGGGUCCAUUGACGCCCUCUGCAGGAAGUAUGGAGUACCGGAGCAGUACUCGGCGGUCCUCCCCGCCGGCCACCAGCGCGCGUGUUCGCCCCCCGGGUCCGCCGUCUCCGUGUACGCGCACGCGCUGGAGGCCGGCAUGCGCGUCCCGCUGCACGGCUUCUUCUGCGAGGUGCUCGCCCACUUCGGCGUCGCGCCGAGCCAGAUCGCGCCCAACGGGUGGCGCGCCAUGGCCGGCUUCGUCGUCCUCUCCCACUCCGCCGGCGUGGCCCCGUCUCUCCCCGUGUUCCGGCACUUCUUCUCACUGUGCGCGUUCAAGCUCAAGGGGUGGUACUACUUCCGUGGCAAGGACGCCGCCGGCUUGCUCUUCAAGGGGAUGCCGCUUUCCAUUGCUGGGUGGAAGGAGGCCUUCUUCUUCCUCAAGUCGCCGACGCCGUGGCCGUGCCCCGUGAAGUGGGGCGGGCUGUCCAUGGGCUCCACUGUUGAGCCGGCGCUCACCAGAGAGGAGCAGAGCGUGGCCAAGAAGCUGCUCCGUGUUCACGGUGCGGCAGUCGAUAUCAUGACGUAUCUUUCCGAGAGCAAUCUUGCUGCUGCAACGAUUGCUGGUUCAUCAGCGAAGCCGCCGCCGCCGCCGAUUGGUACUACAAGCAGUGCUAGUGCCAAAGGAAUGGACCCUUGCGUCUACGACAUGAUGAAGAAUCUGCGGGCGGCAAAGGCCGCGCAGGCGUCGGGAGUGACGGUGAAGACUGAGCCCAGCAGCGAUACGCCGUCGUCCUGCAAAAAGAGGAAGGUGGUGGAGGAUGCCACGAAACAGGAUCCGCCGCGCCCCGAGCCACCGCAUUAUUCCCCUCCGGGCUUCUUCUCCGCGCACAAGUCACCGAAGGUUACCCGUGAGCCUGACGGCGGCGCCACCUCCGACUGGGAGCGGGCGCGGCGGAUGCUACAGAGCAUCGUCACGCCGGCGCUGGAGCAGACGUUCUCGGUGGCGAAGCCCUCCGACGUCAUCGCCUCGAGCUACACGACAGCGCUACAGGCCGCGAACUACGCGUCGUUCUCGCUGGGCUACGCGCUGGAGCUCGAGGAUAAGCUCGCGGCAAGGGAGCGCGAGGCGGACGCGCUGCGGCGGGAGCUGUCGCAGGCCAAGGCCGAGCUCGCCGGCGCGAAGAAGGCGGCUGCGGAGGGGGUGAGGGGCGCCAGGGAGGCUGCCGUGCGCGACUUCCGGGGCUCCACGGAGCAGGUGGUCCGGUUCGCGGAGCACGCGUUGGCCGGGUACGAGAAGGGAAUGGAUGAUAUGAAGCGAGCCGUGCUGCGCAGGUACCCGCACCUCGACCCGGAGCAGCUCGUCGUGCCGGCGGACGGCGGCGGAGCUCAGUAAUUAGCUCGUGGCAGAUAAGAUUUUUUGGCGUGCCGGUCCCCUAACUAACCUCAGGAUCAGGCAGCGUUUGGUUAAAUGGACCUUUGAUGUAUCCAGAGCCAAGUAGAUAGCCAUCAGACGUUAAACUUGCAUAUAUAUUUCUGUACGUGCAUGACCUUGGUUUUCAGUGGUCUACUUGGCUGGAUGCAAAAUAUGAUCAACAGACAUUAUCAGUGGUCUACUUAUUGGACUAUGGAAAACAGACAUUGGCCU